AUGAGCACAGCAGGAAAAGUAAUAAAAUGCAGAGCAGCUGUGCUUUGGGAACUAAACAAACCUUUAUCCAUUGAGGAGGUGGAGGUUGCACCCCCCAAGGCCUAUGAAAUUCGUAUUAAGUUGUUGGCCACAGGGGUCUGUGGCUCAGAUGACCAUGUGAUUGCUGGGCAUUUUUUCACACCACUUCCUGUGAUCUUAGGCCAUGAAGGAGCUGGCAUCGUGGAGAGCAUUGGCAAGGGGGUGACCGCAGUCAAACCAGGUGAUGCAGUCAUCCCAGUAUGCAUUCCCCAGUGUGGAAAAUGUGUCGUUUGUAAAAACCCAAAUGCCAGCUUCUGCAUGAGAAAUGAUGUGACCAACCCUCGGGGGACCAUGCAGGACGGCACCACCAGGUUCACCUGCAGAGGGAAGCCCAUCCACCACUUCAUCAGCACCAGCACCUUUUCUGAGUACACAGUGGUGGAUGAGAUCUCAAUAGUCAAGAUCGAUGCAGCCGCACCGCCGGAGAAAGUCUGCCUCAUUGGCUGUGGAUUUACUACUGGUUAUGGGUCCGCGCUCAACAUUGCCAAAGUCACCCCGGGCUCCACCUGUGUCGUGAUUGGCCUUGGAGGAGUCGGCUUGUCUGUCAUCAUCGGCUGCAAGGCAGCCGGAGCAGCCAGGAUCAUUGGUGUGGACAUCAACAAAAGAAAAUUCACGAAGGCCAAAGAGCUGGGGGCCACGGAGUGCGUCAGCCCUCAGGACUUCCAGAAACCCAUCGAGGAGGUGCUGAAGGAAAUGAGUGGAGGUGUUGUGGACUUUUCCUUUGAAGCCGUUGGUCGGAUUGACACCGUGCUUCAGGCACUGUUAUGCUGUCAUGAGGCAUUUGGCGUAAGUGUCAUUAUAGGGGUGCCUCCAGGUUCUGAAAACCUCUCGAUGAGCCCUAUGUUGCUGUUGACUGGACGCACGUGGAAAGGGGCAAUUUUGGGUGGCUUUAAGACUAAAGAUUGUGUCCCAAAACUUGUGGAUGAUUAUAUGGCCAACAAGUUUCCACUGGAUCAAUUAAUAACCCACGUUUUACCUUUAGAACAAAUAAAUGAGGCAUUUGACCUGCUUCAUGAUGGAAAGAGUAUCCGUACUAUCUUGACAAUUUGA